AUGCUGCUCGCCGUGCCAUGCUGGUCGGCCGGCUGGACCGUGCUGAUCAGCACCGUUCUGCCGCUGCUGGCGGCGCCCCUCUGCCAACAGAUGGCGCGUCGGCUAGCAGCGCAGCUGCACCGCGAGGCGGCCGCCGCCGGCCCUGCUGGCCUCGAGGUGGAGGCGCUAUUCCAGCGAUACGCUCUAGACACGGUGGCCGCCGUCGCGCUGGGAAUUGACGCGCGCGCCGUCGAGAACCCGCACGGCGAGAUGGCUCUGCGAGCGCGUGCGUUGGUGGCGCGCCCCUCGCCCUGGGGCGUGUUGCUACGAGCCGCGGCGGCACGCCUCGGCUUAACCUGCGGGCGGCCCGCCGCCGCGCCCGACCAGCGCGACCCGUUCGCGUUCUUCGCGCGCGUCUCGCGCCAAGAGAUGGCGCGCCGGCGGGCGGCGCCGGAGCAUCAGCGCGACGACGCACUGCAGCUGCUGCUGGAGGCGCGUGGCCCCGAGGGUCUCCCGCUGCCCGAGGACGAGGUGGUCGCCCAGUGCGUCAUGCUCUUCCUCGGCGGCUACGGCAACACAGCGGCGGCGCUAGCCUGGAGCGCACGCUGCCUGGCCCAUCACCCGCACGUUCAAGAGCGCCUCUGCCGCGAGCUGGACGCACGGCUCACCUCCUCCUCCUCCUCCGACGUCCUGGAGCUAGUGGAGUCGAUGCCGUAUUUGGACCAGGUGGUGCGCGAGGUGCUGCGCCUGUUCCCGGCCGCCACGCCGCAGCUGGCGCGUUGCGUCACGGCACCGUACCAGCUGCCGAGCGGCGGCCUGGCGCUGCCGCUGCACGCCGCCGUCUACGUCCCCGUGUUCAGCAUCCACCGCGACGGCGACCUGUACCCAGAGCCGGACCAGUUCGAGCCGGAGAGGUUCGCGCUGAAGCUGGCGCUGGUGGAGGUGCUGGUGCGCAGCGAGUUCGUGCUGGUGGCGCGGUCGGGGUCGGUGCAGCCGCGGUUUCUCCCCGGUGCCGGUGCGCUGCGGGAGAGCGGCGGCACGUGGCUGGGCCUGCGGGCUCGAGGUACCGACUGA